AUGUCUUCCUCACCAGCAGAAGUUUUAAUUUAUGGGCUUGGAGCCAUUGGCUCGUUCUACACCUUUAUCCUGAACCAGGGCAAUCAAGUCCGUCUUACGGUUGUUGCCCGGUCCAACUACGAUGCUGUCCAAGCCAACGGCCUCAAGAUAAGCAGCCAGAAUCAUGGCGAUCACCAUGUAAAACCUUAUAAAGUUGUUAGAAGUGCUGCUGAGGCUGGCCAGAAGUUUGAUUAUAUUGUCUGUGCACACAAGGCUAUCAACCAAGCCGCCGCUCCGCCUGAGAUCGCACCUGGUGUCGACCAAGAUAGAACGACCAUUGUGAUUAUCCAAAAUGGCGUGGGUAAUGAGGAGCCCUUCCGCCAAUACUUCCCAUCUGCGACCAUUCUAUCUGCCGUAACUUGGUGCGGUGUUCGACAACCGCAGCCUGGAAUCAUCACUCAUACCAAAUCCGAGAAUAUGCAAUUGGGCCUUUUCCCCAAUCCUACCGCCGAUGAAGCCUGGGAGACUCGGCGUCUAAAUGAAUUUGCAUCAUUGCUCACAGCUGGAAAGACUGUUUUCCAAGUGGUACCCAACAUCCAAGUACAAAGAUGGGAGAAGGUUGUAUGGAAUGCGGCAUGGAAUUCCCUGACGACGCUCACUCUCAUGGACACGCAUUCAUGGCUCAGCUCGUCAGAGGACUCUACACCUUUGACUCGAACCAUCAUGACCGAGGUUAUUAACGUGGCAAAGGCGCUGGAUGUUCCCAUCGGAUAUGACUUGAUUGACAAGCACAUUGACAAGAUUUUGAGUAUGGCCCCGAUCGGAAGCAGUAUGCGGACGGAUUAUGAGAAUGAAAAGCCUAUGGAGGUCGAUAUCAUUCUUGGGUAUCCGGUGCGGAAGGGGCGAGAGUUGGGAUUGGACGUCAAGACGAUUGAGACUUUAUUUGUGAUUUUGACAGCCAUCAACAAGAGACUGAUGAGCUAG